ACCACUUCUAGGUAGUGAUCGUCAGGUACGAUCUGAGAUCAGGACUCGAUCUGGCAAAAUGAUCGAAUACAGAUGCCCAGUUACUCUCACUUCCGCAUUAGCAUUAUUCCUAAUUGUCGUCGGCAAGAUUGACAUGUCUUCGUAUCCUAGGUGAACGAUUUUAUAUCUGAGUCUAGGUGGCAUGCUGAGUUGUACCCAUACUGUGAUCAUAGGGCCGGACCGCUCCCCUGAUUUUGGACGUCGGCAUCUUGACAGCGAUAACUCCAACUCAAGAUUUCAACCAUCUACUAGUGUAACGAUAUUCCGUUCGAUGCGAAAAACAGGAGCCAAGGAGGCUGAGCCAGACAAAUUGAAAAACAAUUUUGAGCACCGAUGGAAAGGAGUCCUGGGGAUCAGAUUCUCCACAAAGAAAGCGCCAUUUACACUGAGAAUAUCAUCUCAAAAAAGUAACACAGGUCUCUCCUGCAAAGGGCGGUCGUUGGCUUCUGAAGUGAUUAAAAUAGCUGGACUAAGCAGAAGGAUUUUGGGUGAGCGAAAAGCGCAGAAGGAUGGUGGAGGUGCCAUUCGCAGGCACGGCCGGCUUGCGCAAACUUGUUGGGUCGAGGCAUUAUAUGAGCGUCUGACGGGGGAAUGCUGCUGCUGUUGCAGCUCAUUAAAGACAUGGCCACGAGUGACUGAUACCUUGCACAUCUUUUCUCUGAAUUUUGCAAAGUCGAAUUCAAUGGAAUUCACAGACGAAAGGUCUUGGGCGCACUGCUGAGGCGUGAUCUCAUAAUCGAUCUUGAAAGAGACUUUUUCAGUUUUAAUCCUGUCCUGGCAAACUCUUCGAUACGCGGGGUGCCGAUAGGAUAGCAGAGUUGAAUUAAAGGUCUUUCGACUUAGAUGUCACUAUA